AUGGGAAGCUCUCCUAAUAGGGUCUCUUAUGGCCACUGGACCAGCCCAUUGACUGCAGAGCAAUUAGCACACGACCGUAUCUCCCUCCAUGAAGUAGUCGUCAAUGAAUCAACUGGCGCCAUCUACUCAAUUGAAUGCAUUCCAACUGAAAAUGGUCGGUAUACCAUCAUCGAGCACUACAAUGGGAAAAGCCGGAAUAUCCUCCCGAAAGAGUCGGGCCUAAGUGCACAAGCCAAUGUGCAUGAUCUUGGCGGUGGUUCGAUGGCAAUCAGCCCUGAUGGGAAGGUUACAUUUUCAGAUGAAAAGACUUGUCAUGUGUACCAGUUGGAUCCGGCAGUGGUUGACGCUGGUAAUGGUUUCCGUGGCGGGACGACACUCGUCCACGCCGCGGACCAGGGCAUCCGGUAUGCGGAUUUCUGUCACCAUCCUACCGAGUCUCAGUGGGUGCUUGCGAUUAGGGAGGACCAGCGCGAUGCUACGCCUGAAACACAGGCGUAUAAUGUUCAUAAUGUCUUGGUGGCGCUUAACACCGACACGAGGGAGGAGAAGGUGGUUGCUGCAGGGGACGAUUUCUACGCGCAUCCCAAGUUCGAUCCAUCAGGACGGUAUGCCUCCUGGAUUCAGUGGUCGCAUCCUGAUAUGCCAUGGACGGGAACGGUUCUCUACUUGGCUGAUUGGGGUGGCAGCCAAGGGAUGACAAAUGUGAGGAAGAUAGCUGGUAAAGCUAUGGGUGAGAGCAUUGCGCAACCAAAAUGGGGCCUGGAUGGAGCACUAUGGCUUGCUAGUGACAGGACUGGGUUCUGGCAGUUAUACUCUGUCAAUCCAGAAGACGAAAGUUGUCAAGUCCGGCAGCUGGUGCUCAAGGGUCUCGAGGAUGCGGAAAUGGCUACUGCGGAAUGGGACCUCGGAAAUUCGACGUACAUAUCGCUCGACGAGUCGACCAUAGUAGCAGCCGCCAUAACUCAUGCUACCGGUAGGGUCAUUCUCAUCGACACAGCAACAGCAUCAUUCCAAGACCUGGAUCUCCCAUAUCUGGACAUUGAUGGGGUCUACCGCGUCACACCAACCUCGUUUGCAAUCAUUGGUUCAUCAGCGGACUCCCCUCCAGAGCUGGCAUUAGUCUCACUCACAUCUAAUAUUGGUGCAAAACCACGAGUCCAACAAACAGUCCUCAAGUCUACAGCAUCUGCAUUCACCUUACCCCCCGAAUACAUCUCACACGCAACCUCAUACACCGCACCCCAAAACCACGGCCCCCUCCGCAACGGUUCCGUGCACUUCUUCUACUUCCCGCCUCGCAACCCCCAUUUCCACAGCGACAACACACUCCCUCCGUGCCUAGUCUAUGUCCACGGCGGCCCAAACAGCAACGCUACCCCCGCCCUCGACCUCGAAACCCAAUACUACACCACCCGCGGCUUCGCCGUCGCCGCAGUAAACUACACUGGCUCCACAGGUUUCGGCCGUGAAUACCGCGAACGCUUCUCGGGAUACUGGGGCCUAGCUGACGUCGCCGACACCGUCAGCGUCGUCGACUACCUCGUCCAAAACCAAAUGAUUGAUCAAUCCCGCGUAGGGAUCUACGGCGGAAGCGCGGGCGGGUACCUCACUCUGCGCGCGUUACAUAUGUACCCGGGCACAUGGGCGGCAGGAAUAAGCAAUUACGGGAUCAGUGACGUGCGCGCUUUACAGGCUGACUCGUAUAAGUUCGAGAGUCAGGAUGUUGAUCGACUGCUUCUCUCCCUGACACAGGGAACAGAAGAGCGGGAAGCGGAAUUGACGAAGCGCAGUCCGUGCCAUUUCGCAAAGGACAUCAAAGCACCGCUGCUCCUGUUACAGGGGACGGAGGAUGUCGUCGUCCCCGUCGCGCAGGCGCGCAUGAUGGCGAACGCGAUGCACGAGUGCGGGAAUGUCGCGGAGGUAGUGGAGUUCCCUGGCGAGGGUCAUGGAUGGGUUGGUAAGGAGGCUAUCUACGAAUCUUUGCGGCGGAAGGAGGAGUGGUGGAGGACUUAUUUGGGGUAG